ACACAUUGGCGUUUGAGGUGAGAUCACAGUUACAAAAAUAAAUAAAUAAAUCAAAUGCUGCUUAACUCAAGGGUAUCAAUUAUUAUUAUUAUCCAGUGAUUCAUAUGAAAUAAUCACAGUACUAAAUCAUUUGUUUUAUUUUAGUUGCACCGGAAAUCUCAAUGUUUGUAAGGAAUCACCAUCUUGUCGUGUUUACUGACUGUGUGUUUUGUCAUGUUGUGUGUACAGUGUGAGGUGAAAGUGCUGGAACAGGAGCUGAAGGAGAUCAACUGCAAUCAUGCAACACUGAAGAGGAACCUGACAGAGCUGCUAGAGAUCAGCGCACUACUCGGCAUCAUCCAGGACUUCUUGCAGGAGGCUGAGACGCAGCUGUCCUGUACUGAGCUUCAGUCUGACGGACUGCACGGCGCUCACCGCCGAAACAGCAUUAGCACUAUCACAGCUGCCAAACUGGGGUUCGUUGCCGGUGUGAUUAAACACGAUCGGUUUCCCGCGUUUGAGAAAGUCCUGUGGCGUCUUUUUCACGAGAAUUUCCUGCUGCGCCAUGCAGAGAUUCAACAGCACCCAGAGGAUGGCAUGGUGAAGAAAGCCGCCUUCAUCAUCUGUGUGCAGGGCGAGCAGGUGCAGGGAAAAAUCAGAAAAAUAUGCGAAGGGUUUAGAGUCAGUUUGUACCCUUGCCUGAACACUUUACACGCCCAGCACGAGAUGAAGCGGAACAUACGGACACGCAUCGAGGAACUGCAAAUGAUCUUACGCCAGUGUGAAGAAUUCUGCGCUGCCGUUUUGAAUAAAGCAGCAAACAGAGUUACAGACUGGUCCAUCCAAGUGCACAAGAUGAAGUCCAUCUACCACACACUCAACAUGUGCAACAUCGAUAUCACACGCAGACUCACCAUUGCAGAGAUAUGGUGUCCGGUGUCAGAUCUCGGUCACGUCCGGAGUGCGCUCGCUAAAGCCGCUGAGCAUGCCGGUUCCAGUGUCAGUCCCGUCUUAAAUCGCAUCCCGAGCCCUGAAACCCCGCCUACGUUCAACAGGACGAACCGCUUCACCGCAGGCUUUCAGCAUAUCGUCGAUACGUACGGUGUGAACAGUUAUCAGGAGAUGAAUCCAGCUCCAUAUACCAUAGUAACGUUCCCAUUCCUGUUCGCUGUGAUGUUCGGUGACUGUGGUCACGGACUCGUCAUGACGUUGAUCGCUGCCUGGAUCAUCAUGAACGAGCAGAAAUUAAACCAGCAGAAGAACGAGGUACGAAUCGUGUCCAUGCUGGUGGGCGGGCGCUACAUCAUCCUGCUGAUGGGCCUUUUCUCCAUCUACACUGGUCUCAUUUAUAAUGACUGCUUCUCCAAAUCCUUCAACCUCCUUGGCUCGUCAUGGAGCGUCAAAGCCAUGUUCUGGCCCAGUGGACCCUGGAGUAAUCAAACCCUGCACAGUUCUGAUCAUCUCCAGUUGGACCCUGCCGUGCCAGGAGUUUACUCUGGAACCCCAUAUGUGCUUGGCAUCGACCCAGUGUGGAAUAUUGCAUCGAAUAAACUCUUCUUCCUAAACUCCUAUAAGAUGAAGAUGGCGGUCAUAAUUGGAGUUUGUCACAUGACCUUUGGUCUGACCCUCAGUGCAGUCAAUUACAUAUAUUUCAGAAAUGUCCGCAACGUGUUGCUGCGCUUCGUGCCGGAGCUCAUCUUCUUGCUGUCUCUGUUCGGUUAUCUCGUCUUCCUCAUACUGUUCAAGUGGUGCAUGGGCGUACAGUGUGACAGCAGCAUCCUCCUCAUCUUCAUCAACAUGAUUUUUUUCAACUAUCAGGCCGACGAGAAAUUCAUCUACAAUGGACAGAAAGCUGUCCAGAUAUUCCUGGUGGUCCAGGCUCUGCUCAUGGUCCCUAUAAUGCUGCUAAUAAAACCACUGCUCACUUACAGAAGGCAAGAGAAGAUCACAGACCAGGUCAGUCUGAGCGAUGCGUUUGUGUGCGAUGCGAUCCACACCAUAGAACACUGCCUCGGUUGCGUCUCCAAUACCGCGUCUUAUCUGCGGCUCUGGGCUCUCAGCCUCGCCCACUCAGAGCUAUCUGAGGUGUUAUGGCGGAUGCUGAUGCGCGUCGCUCUGCGCUCGGGUUCGUCGCUGAUGCUCACGCUGGUCUUCUGCUGCUUUGUGUUGUUAAGUGUGUCAGUCCUAAUACUUAUGGAGGGAUUGUCUGCAUUCUUGCACGCGUUACGACUGCACUGGGUAGAAUUUCAGAACAAGUUUUAUAAAGGAACCGGAUUGAAAUUUACACCGUUGUCCUUCAAGACUAAAGAAAUACAGCAAUGGUGA